AUGCGCAGCAUCCGCCUGGAUGCUUAUGGUCGUGUCUGGCUUGCACUCUUCCAUUAUUACGACCAUCAUCACGUACCGCCCGAAGUCGCCUGCUCGAAGCUCGCAUUCUGGAUCACUGGAUUGUCGCAAUCGCACCCUCCGGCAGUGUCAGGACUUCCACAGGACCAGCUUCGUUCUCAACUCGCAGCGAUUCACCGUACUGGCCAACCUCGGCCUGCAUCCACAAUGUCGUCCUCCAGCGACGUACCAACGCUCAAAAUCCUUCUCAUCGGAGCAUCCGCGGUCGGGAAGUCCUCGCUCCUUCUUCGGUUCACAGACGAUGAAUUCCUUUCGCCUGAAGAGACGACCGCCACCAUCGGUGUCGACUACCGCAUCAAAGGUAUCGAGGUCGGAGGCAAACGCUUCAAACUGUCCAUAUGGGACACUGCCGGUCAAGAGCGAUUCCGAACACUCACGUCCAGCUACUACCGCGGCGCUCAAGGCGUCAUCAUCACAUACGACGUCACGCAACGAGACACCUUCGACGCCCUGCCAACCUGGUUCAGCGAACUCGAAACCUUCACAACCAGCCAAGAUGUGGUCAAGGUCAUCGUCGGAAACAAAGUUGACAAGGAGUACUCGAGGGUGGUGACCACUAAGGAGGGAGAGGAGUUUGCGGCAAAGAUGGGAUGUCUGUUUGUCGAGUGCAGUGCGAAGAAAGGUGUGGGGGUGAAUGGCGCUUUCGAUGAACUGGUGAAUCGGAUCGUUUCGACGCCGAGCUUGUGGCAGAAGACAGCGCCCGGGGAGAGGAGGCCAGGAGAUAGGAUGCCGGGGGGCGUACCAGCGGCACAUGCGGCGGAUAGCAGUAGAGGCAACAUCUCAUUGACUGACCCCAGUGGAGUUGUAGGGUAUGGGAUGGGCGUUGCGAGAGACAGCUGCAAUUGCUGA